AUGUCUCUGAUAGGCGACAUAGUCUUUGCACGCUUAUUCCAAACGCCUGUGCUAGUAUUAAACUCUGUCGAAGUAGCACGCCUUCUGUUGGAGAAGAGAGGUUCCAAGUAUUCUGAUAGACCGCGUUUCGUGAAGCUUCUUGAUGUCAUUGGUUGGACAUAUAACUUCUCAUUGAGGGCGUAUGAAGAUCCAGACUGGCGUCGUCAGCGAAAAUGGUUUCAGGCUGCAUUCCAAGCGAGGAAUGGGCUCAAUCGCUAUCGCAGUCUCCAACAGGACAGGGUCCAGGCACUGAUGCGAAAUCUCGUUGAAAGUCCUGAAGCAUUCAUGGGACACGUCAAGACGUUUUCUGCUUCCUUGAUGAUGGAAGUUGCGUAUGGCCGUAACGUUUUAUCGUCGCUAGAUGAAAAUUACCUCGAGAAUGCGGAGAAAGCAAUGCUGGAGAUUUUCCAGUCGGGAAGUUUUGCUGGGUCGCUAGUGGACUAUUUUCCUACGCUCAAGUACUGGCCGGUAUGGCUCCCAGGCGGCCAGUGGAAACGACAGGCGCUGGAUGCGGCAAAGUCACUGAGAGUGACCAUACAAGUACCAUAUGAAAGAUUCAAGGAGUUUCUCGCGACGGGCAAUGCGGAGUCCUGCUUUAUUUCUUCAAUCAUGAGCGAGAUCUCAAAGACUGGAGAGAUCACAGAAGAAGAUGAGAAAGGCAUGAAGGAUGCGGCAAUCGUAUUGUAUUCAGCUGGCACCGAUACCACAAUUACCACUAUACUGAUGUUUAUUCAGGCGAUGGUCUUGCACCCAGACAUUUACUUGAAAGCACAAACGGAGGUAGACGCAGUCAUCGGCGAUUCACGUCUCCCGACUAUCGAAGACAAGGACUCACUGCCUUACCUUGAUUGCGUCAUUAAGGAAGUAUAUCGCUGGGGCUGUCCUGUACCCCUCGGGUUGCCCCACCAGCUGACGGUCGACGAUGAAUUUCGUGGCUAUCAUCACCCUGCGAGAUCGACCGUCAUCACCAAUAUCUGGUACGGUGCAAAAGCAAUGACGCACAACUCGGAUAUAUAUCCCAGUCCUGAUCGCUUCGAUCCAGAACGGUACAUAGGUCUCAAUCCUGAAGACGCAGAACGUCUAGAUCCUCGCAAGAUGGCGUUUGGGUUUGGUCGACGGAUCUGCCCCGGUCGGUUCCUUGGAGACUCGACUGCGAUCCUCGUAGCUGCGACCAUGCUAGCUACUCUGGACAUUCGCAAGGCCAGAGACGCAGCUGGUGCAGAAAUCACGCCAAUGCCCGAAUACUUCGCUGGUGGUAUCUCGUGA